AUGGGAAAGGCGCCUGAGAGCUCAGUCGGCUUGCCCGGCCCGACGCCACAACGUUGGCGUGCAUCCCGUCCGCUCGCGCUGGCCGCACUCGCGUUUGCCGGAAGUGGCGCAUUCUUGCUUUAUGACAGUCUGGCCACGAGCUACAGUGCCGGUUCACGCCUUUCCGGCACGGGGCACGGCGAAAUCAGCUACUCAAUCGCAGGCGCUAACCGUUUGAACGCCGAGUUGUGCCCUCAAGUCCCUCCCUUAGCGCCGAGCAAACAUCGUGACCUCGUUGAAGACCUCGACACCGUAUAUGCCGAUGAGACGUACCGACUCUGGGCGUAUGAAAACCUGGGCGCCGCUGUGCGCGUACCAACAGUGACAUACGACGAUAUUGGUCUACCCGGUGAGGACGACCGUUGGGAUACGCGCUUAUUGCUGCACGACGUGCUAGAGAAGCGCUUCCCGCUCAUACACUCGAAGCUGGAGAAGACUGUCGUGAAUACGUAUAACUUGGUCUAUCACUGGCAAGGCUCGGACGAGAGCUUGAAGCCGCUGCUAUUGAUGGGACACCAAGAUGUGGUACCGGUUAACCCGGACACCCUGGAUGACUGGAUACAGCCACCGUUCUCCGGCUCCUAUGACGGUGAAUGGAUCUGGGGACGCGGAAGCUGUGAUGACAAGUCGGGCACCAUCGGCACUCUCACUGCGAUCGAGUCCCUGCUUCGGAAAGGCUUCGAGCCCAGUCGCACGGUGGUGCUCGCUUUCGGUAUCGACGAAGAGCGAGGAGGCAUUGAUGGCGCCAAGGUCUUGAAGGACUACCUCGUUCCUCGAUAUGGCCGAAAGGGCAUCGCGCUCAUCGUCGACGAAGGAGGUGGAUACUCGGACAAGGGGGAUGUCGUGUUCUCGGUUCCGAACGUGGCGGAGAAGGGCAAGUUCAAUGCGCGCAUCGACGUGUACACCACGGGUGGGCAUUCAAGCGUGCCACCACCGCAUACGGGCAUUGGGUACCUCUCCAGGUUGAUAACCGAGCUCGAAGCGAACCCUCUCCCGGCUGUGCUUACUCGGGACGGGACUUACUUCAAGACGAUCCAAUGCCAAGCCGCAUACGAUCCUGCGACGCCCGAGAACAUUCGGCAGCUGGUCGCAAAGGCAACCUACGAUGAUGAUGCAUUGGCCGAGCUACAGGCUGAGCUGAUGAAGGCGGACGAGAGGACCUUCAGAGCGUUCACAGGAACGACGCAGGCAAUUGAUCUGAUCGGCGGUGGGGUUAAGGUUAACGCGUUGCCGGAGCAUGUAUGGGCUGUUGCUGAUCAUCGUAUCGCCGAAUGGAGCUCGGUCGCGGAGCUGCAGGAACGAUACCGAGGCGUGCUGGGACUUGUAGCGACUGAACUCAACUUAUCGCUGGACGCCUUUGGGUCAUUGCUUGCGUCGGAUGCACUCUCCGGGCAUGUCAAACUCUCAGAUGCAUAUGGAACAGCCCUCAAUCCAGCUCCUGUCACUCCGACCUUCGGUAGUGCGCCUUGGGAGAUUUUGAGUGGCACCAUCCUCUCCUCCAUCCAGACAUCGGGUCGUAAAGAGGCUGAGAAGCCGGUCAUCGUCGCUCCCGGACUAGGAAUAGGAAAUACCGAUACAAGACACUACUGGAAUCUGACCCAGCACAUCGUUCGCUACGCCCACGGAUUUGCCGCUGAUCGGUAUAAUGGAGCGCAUACAGUCAAUGAAGCCAUACGAGGAGCGGGGUUCAUUGAGAUGAUACGUUUCUACACUAGACUUGUCCUCAAUGUUGACGAGUCUACGACCAUUUGA